AUGCAUUCGGGCCGAUUUGAAGGCCCUCGGAAUGUGGUGGCGCCAGCUCAGCAGCGGGUGCUUGACCGUGUUCAUGAAUUAGUUGUCAAGGCGGGAGACCUCGGCGAUUUGAGGCAUCCCCUUUCACAGGAGGCGGCCCUACGGGAGCUGCUCCACGGACGGUCUGACUAUCACAGUCCGACUGACCCGAUUGCGCUCGCCCCUUUCAAGCAAGAGCUCGUGAGCCUACCAGAGAGUCUUCAUUGCGCCCCGACCGCAGUUAGUCUUUUAGGUGGUUCCGACCGUCUUUAUCUGGAGGAGGAAGGGCGAAUGCUCCGAGAAAGCCCACCGGAGCACAUUGCAAUCCGACCUUACUGGGAUCCGAGCCUCAGGUACAAUCGGCGGACUUACCGAGGGUUUAUGCGCCGCCUUCGUGAUCUUGGUUACCUGGAGUUUACUCGGGCCCCACUUGAGGAAGCCGGCAUCUUUUUUGUCCUGAAAUCUGACCGAAAGCACCUCCGCAUGAUAGUGGACGCCAGGAGAGCCAAUGCCGUUUUCCGGGAGCCGCCGGGUGUGGACCUAUGUUCAGCUGAAGGCUUCUCUCGCAUCGAGGUGGAGGACUUAGCCGACUGCAGGGGGCUCGCCGAUGGCUUUCCUGGGGAGGGUGUUUUUCCGGAUGAUUGGGGUCUUUAUGUGGGGCUUAGUGACGUGAAGGAUGCCUUUCACCGUAUGAAGCAACCUCGCUGGCUAUCACGAUAUUUCUGCUUCCUACCCCUCACGGCUGGAGAGCUAGGCCUUACGGGAGACGAGCUGGAGGGCUCGCGUCUACGAUCUCAUGACGUGGUGUACCCGAUGCCUGGCUCUUUGUGCAUGGGCUUCAGCUGGUCACUGUAUUUCUGCCAGAGAAUCAACGAGAAUCAGUUGCGUGAGGUGUUUGGGCCAGAUCGCACCAGGCUGAUCAGCGACCGAGGCCCUCCGGCUGUGUUCACCCGCGGGUCUCCAGCAGCUAUGAGACAGUACGUCUAUGUGGAUAACCUGGGGGUCAUCAGCAGUGACAGACAGCAAGUCGAGAAUGCCCUGGAUCAGGUUACGGAGCACUUCACGGCCAAGGAGCUCCUCCUUCACCCAGGCGAGGUCCAUCGGACUCGCAUCAAGUCCUUAGGCGUUGAGCUCAACGGCACGACCCUGACUACUCGCGUAAGUGCUGAGAGGCUCCACCGAGUUCGCCAGGGAAUACGGGCACUGCUUUCAAGGAAGCGGGCAUCAGGACGCACGCUUCAGAUCGUCAUUGGUCAUGCUACGUACUGUGCUUUAGCCAAUCGCAGGGUGAUGCCCAUAUUCCACACCGUGUACAAGUACAUCGAGAAGUUCGGCGACAAGGUGGGGGUGCUGUGGGACACGGUCUGUGCGGAGCUUCGCGCGUUCUCAGGACUCAUGGUAUUCCUUGAGUCGAGAUGGGACCGGCCUUGGAGCUCAAAGGUGAUGUGCUCAGAUGCUUCGGAGGAAGGAUACGGUGUGGUCUCCUCGUGGUGGUCUCCGCGCGAGGUGGCGGCCCAUGGACGCGUCCCAGAACGAGGACGGUUCCGUCGGUCAGGGGGCCACAACGCCCGAGAGUCCGCACUGACCUCAGCCGGCUUUGUGAAGGAUGAAUUGACUGGCCAAUGGUUGGCUGGAGAAGUCGACAGCCAGGAUUACCUUUCGCAAGCAGGCUGGGAGAUUGAUGAUCAGUUUCCUGAAAUCCCGGGUGGACUGUUACGAAAGGAAGCCUGGACUCCGGAAGUGGUGGGCGCCUGGAAGCGGCCCGACAACAUCGUGAGACUGGAGGCCAGAGCCCUAAUCAUAGCACUCCAGCGGGUUUGUCGAGACAUCGGAGGAUCAUCUAUACGCCAGCUGUGCCUCGUCGACAGUAUGUCCGUCGCGUUGUGCAUGGACCGCUGCAGGAGCCGGGACUUCCGAUUGUUAUGUCUGGUUCGUAAAUUCUGCAGCCUUUGUCUUGCUCAUGACGUGACAGUGACAAUACGGUGGGUGCCCUCAGAACUCAACAACGCAGAUGAGGGCUCGAGGAUCUCUUCAGCGGUGGCCUCCAAGGUCUUGACCGCUCAGCUGGGCAACCAUGCCUCCGAGGGGCUCGCGAAAGCGAGUUUUAUCUCCGCCAUCCCAGCCGAGCCUCGGCGCGCGACCGAGGAGACACAGGAUCUUGGAGCCGGGAGCGGAGGUGCCAGCAACCGGGCGCCAGAGAAGGCCAGCGCAAACAGUGCUGGAUUGGUCCCAGAAGCUGCGUACCAGCACAAAUCCGGAACGGCCUACUCUCGAGGAAGGGAAUCAGCAGACAGCGAUGCUACGAGCAGCACAUCGGAGCCCCUUCAUGUCAAAAAGGGCUCUCGGCUGCUGGCCCGACGGUCAAGGCGGAGGACUCGGCAGUAUGUGAACGAGAUCAUGGAGGCACAGAGCCAAGGACUCAGCCUUCUCGAGAAAAAGGCCGUGGGCGCGAAGGCGGAGCAGUACUACAUCAGCGAGGUGGACAAAUUCCGAGCCUUCGUCAAUCACAAGCGUGGGAGCUUAGCGACUCCCCCCGAGGUGGACAAGUACCUCACGGCCUACAUGAACGACCUGUUCCUGCAAGGUCAUCCUGCUCAUCGGGGGGACAAGUUGAUGGCCGGGUGGAUGCAUUGUCACCCGGAGUUCGGCCGCUGUGGCUCAAAGCGUCUCCCCAGGGCGUGGAGAUCGUUGAAGGGUUGGAGGCGCCUCAGUCCAGGACAGUCUCGCAAGGCCUUUCCUUUGGCAGUGUGGGCAGCGAUCGCAUGCGAGUUGGUGUCACGGGGUUUUCUGAGGAUGGCCAUCUUUACCAUGGUGGCCCUGAGUUCUUAUGCUCGGCCAAGCUCCCUCCUGGCCUGCCUUGUUUGGCAGCUAGUCGCUCCGACGCCUCAGGUGACGAAGUACUGGAGCCUCCUGUUGGAUGUCGAGGAAAAGGGCAAGCCGUCAAAGACGGGGUUGUACGACAACUCUGUCUUGCUCGACUCCUCUUACCUUCAGCCGUGGGGCCCCGUACUCUUCAAAGAGCUUGCCAAGGGCAGGAAAGACUCGAACCUCUGGGACUUCACCUAUGGGGAGCUCAGUUCGGCCAUCAAUGCGGUCACCAAGGCGCUGGGGCUCGAGAUCACAUUGUACCAAGCUCGCCACUCCGGCCCCAGCAUCGACCGAGCACAGGACAUACGCUCGCAGCUCGAGGUUCAGCGUCGGGGGCAGUGGAUGUCGCACAAGAGCGUGAUCCGCUACGAACGCGGUGCACGGUUGGCCAGCAAUUUUCAAAGCCUUCCUUACCGUCUGCAACAACACUGCCUCCUCGCCGAAAGACUGCUAGGGGAUGUGAUGCUUGGCCGGCGGCGGAACUUAAAGGGCUGCUAUGUCAUGGAUCUUUUCGCUGGGCAGGGGGUUGUUGCUUCGGCCUGCCGACGCCUUGGAUUCCGGGCUAAAGAAUGGGAGCUUGAGCGGGGCAUUGAGUAUGAUCUCACCCGCUCAAGCGUUGUUCGCCAUGUUCUAGCUGAAAUUCGCAGUGGCCGGGUCUUAGCGGUUAUGAUGGCGCCCCCAUGUACCAGUUUCUCUGUCGGCAAGGACCGACUUCGUGCCCUUCGCACUUCGGAACGGCCAUGGGGAGUCCCCCGUUAUCUGCUCACGGAAGAGGAUUGGCAAAAAGUGCAGAAGGGCAACGCGUGCUUCCGUGCGGUGGGACGCAUCGCCCAUUUGUGUUAUCGGUUGCACAUUCCCUUCUUUAUUGAGAACCCGGCGUCUUCCAAAUGCUGGACCUGCAUCGCCUUCAACACCGACGUUGUGCAUCAGGUGUCUGGCUUUUUCUUUGACGGCGCCGUUCCAUCAUUGUACAGCUGUGACUUGCGUGGUUAUCAAUAUGGAUACGGCGAAGGCUCUGAGUCUUUGGCCGAGGACCUGCCACCUGGAAGCUGGCAAGAUGUGACCACUGCCAACACCGACGAGAAACAAAGAGGGCGAAGCGACCGCUGGGACGACGACGGAGCCCGAAUCCCCUUGCGAACUACUGCCAGUGAAAAGGUCACUGCAGAGCAGAAGUCUCUUGCAGACGCUGUGGAGGCUGUGGAGGAGCUCUUUGAUGAGGGCGAUUCCACAACCACAACCGGCGCCGACAGCAUAGAGGUCCAGGGUCCAGGAAUCGUUUCGCGUAUCUUUGAAGACUGGGAAUUGGAGAAAACCGAGGCAGCAUCCGAACUGAGUGGAAGUGACCGCGACAAGAUCGCCGCAAACGUGCACGAGCAGAUGGAAGACAAGGCCGCCCUGCCUGGUGCAGCACUUCAAGGAGAAGAUAUCGGGUCCAGGUUCGUUCUUUCGGCAUGGGGCCUUUUCGCCCGGCUUCAAAGCCGGUGGCUGGCUCCGAUGGGACCAGGUUCCGUGAGCUUGUCUGUCGUCCUUUCAGCAGUGGAGCGAAACCAGAAGAGCAUGUUCGAAAUGAGCGACUCCGAGCGGAUAAGCCUUAUGCCUGACUUCAGCAUGGCAACGAAGCAGGUGGACGGCGCGAAUAGCAGCAAUGCCACCCAGACUGACCUCCUCUGGUCGCACGAGCACAAGGAGUGUUUGGAGCCUGAGAACAUCUGGACCCCGCUGUCUAUGCCCGACCAGAGCAGGACUGAUGAGCCGGACCACAUUAGCUGCAGGGCGCGCUGCCUGGCCGUCCGGGGCUGUGCACACUGGUCGUACUACCUUGGCGCUGGUAGCUGCUACCUGCAGAAUUCGUCAGCGACGAAGGAAUCUGGCAAGGGUGCCGUGUCCGGGAUCCCCGGAUGCCGUGACAAGGACCCCAGCAUUCACCUGGGCAUGAAUGCCGGUGGCCAGUCCUGCUACCACCUCAGCGGCUCCUUCAUCCCGCUGGACAUGCCAGAGCAGAAGAGGACGAAGGAGGCCAGCUACGACCUUUGCCAGGCGAGGUGUCUGGAGACACACGGCUGCUCGAAGUUCACGUACUUCAUCAUGGACCAGGGCUGCCAUUUGCAGGAGAACUCUUCUCAUCUGGUGUUUCUUCCUGGCACCAUCGCUGGCGCCGCGUCGUGUCCUGCCGAGGAUAAGGCAAAAUUCGAUGCUUACCUGAAGCAGCUGCCGAUGAUGCGGGCAUUGGAGUCGUCCGAGCCUCCUUGCGAGGACUCUUGGGUGAGCUUCAUUCCCUUCGACCUUCCCGGGGAUCUCGACCAUCCCGGUGACCUUGCGAAGGACAAGGAGGUCAAAUGCGAGGCCCUGUAUGAUCACAGCGAUUCGCCCCACAUCUGCAAGCACAGCUCCCAGGUGCGUGUCCGAUGUCCGAAGCUGUGCGGCGAGUGCGGCAUCGAGAAAGAUGCAGGAGGUUGCGUGGAUCUUCAGGCAGACGAGCAUCCGCUCUUCCUGCUGGACAACCAUACACUGGGCUGUGCAUCCGUGGGGUACGCCUGCAACCACGAUGAAGAAGUCACCCAGAAGUGCAAGUACACAUGUGGAAAGUGCACCACGACGACCACGACAGUCGCCAAGCCGGAGGUGGAUCAUCUCGCCAAGGCCCACGACCAGGGCGGCCAGGGUCUAUGGAGUGUUAAUGGGUUUGGAGUACCGCCAGGUGCGGAUUUGGGGGUUACUGUAGCAGGCUAA